UCUCUCUGCAGGUCGGCUUCUUAUCAGUGCUGCACUUCGGAAAUAGAGAACCUAUAGCGCUUUAAAAUGAGCCAGACUUAUCUCGCAGGAGCGGUUAAUUUGUCGAGAUAAUGUGAAUGUAGCUUCAGGGAAAGUACUGGUUUAGGAAGAAGCUGGGUCAACUGAAUAGUAUUUAAUCUGAUUGAGCAGAUCCUCGAGCUGGCGCCAUGUCUCUGAGGACGUUACCGUUACUCGUUAUAAACAUGGGCGGUGAAAUGCUUUAUAUCUUGGACCAGCGGCUGCGAGCCCAGAAUGAAACCGACGAUAAAGCACUGAGAGGUUUUUGGUCAGAAGAAGACAGAAAAAGAGUGCUGAACGAUAUAGUGCGCACCAUGUUCAGUAAGGCUUUUUUGGAGGAGCUGAUGAAGCCGCAGGAUCUCUACUCACACAAAGCUUUACGCUGUGUGCUGACGCGGCUCGCGCACACCUCCAUCAUGAGGCUCAACCCUGCCAGCAUGGACAGGCUGUAUGACCUGAUGACGAUGGCGUUAAAGCACCAGAUCUUGCUGUGUCCACGGCCGCGAGAUUUCCUCCUCAUCUCCUUUAAUCACAUCGACGCAAUCAGGGAAAUGGUCACAGACAGCCCCUCCCUCGUUAACCAGAUAAAUGAUGCACAGCGUCAAAUCAUAGAGAUGUAUACACCCCUAUCAGAUGGUGAGCUUCAGCUCAUGAGGCAAACCCUGCUUGCUCUCUUUCAAGACUUUCACAUCAGGGUGUCGAUCUUCCUGAAAGAGAAGAUUCAGAACCCAGACGGCCGUUUUGUAUUGUCUACUUCAGGUCCUGUCCCGCACGGCUCGGAGGUCCCAGGCUUAAUCAGGUGGUUUAACAGCAGAGGCAGGGAGGUAAGAAGGCGAGAGUUUCCGAGCGGAGGCUGUUACACCAGCGCUGUGCGAGAAGGUUCAUUCGACAUUUCUGGAGACCGAGUUACACGCCUGGGCAAAAACAAGUACAGUGCGACCUCAGCUGAAGACACCCGCACCUCAGACACCUCCAAAAACACUUCUAAAGCCAAACAGGAGAGUGUGGGUCCCAACCCUUUGGCUAAGGAGGAGCUGAAUCUACUGGCUAAGCUGAUGGGAGGGAUGGAGGUGUGGAGUCUCGCGCAAGCAGACACAGGAAUUAGGGUGAACCUGUUCCCCACAGACGAGGAUGACGGGGGAAUCUCAGUGGGGACAGAUGAGCCGUCAUUCGGUGUCAUAAAUAUUCAGGCAACAAAGGAUCAUCAGGCCAACACUGAGCUGACUCGCAUUGCAGCCGAGUUCACCGAGCAGCAGGACCAGCCUGAAGGACCCAGCAACAAAGGCGAUGACCUGCUGGCCAUGAUGGAUGACCUCUAAAGCAAAAUCACACACAUUUAUGCAUGUGUGCUUUGUGGACAAAUUAUGGUUUGGGAAUUUUUAAAGCAUUUGAGGAAGAUUAACAAUAUUUUAUACAGGCAUCCUGCACAUCUGUGCCACAAGUGAAAAUAUAAACUUUGUCAGCUUUGUUUCAAACAACAUUUGUAACAAUUCAGGCAAAACUAACCCCAUAGAAAGGGGUUAACUGGCUCAGGGGGUAGAAAAGUGUCUUAGUACUGCUGUGUUGUUUGACCAAAUGCAUAAAUAUCUGAAUCAAAAUGAAUGAGAUUAGUUUAAAAAGAGGGUGUUUUGAACACAUUUCAGAAUGAUAGCAUUUAACUAUUAUAUUUCUACUACAUCUUCAGUAGGUUUUCGAUGAAUCAGUGAAUAAAGCCUUUGAAAUAUCA